AAUGCGUGAUAAAAUGAGGAAAUGGAGGGAAGAAAAUUAUCGUAACAGUGAGCAGAUAGUAGAAGUUGGAGAAGAGUUAAUUAAUGAAUAUGCAUCCAAGCUCGGGGAUGACAUUUGGAUAAUAUAUGAACAGGUGAUGAUUGCUGCCCUGGACUGCAGUCGAGAUGACUUGGCAUUGUUCUGCCUUCAAGAGCUAAGACGGCAGUUCCCUGGGAGCCAUAGAGUUAAGCGACUAACUGGCAUGAGAUUUGAAGCCAUGGAAAGGUAUGAUGAUGCUAUCCAGUUAUAUGACAGAAUUUUACAAGAAGAUUCAACCAACACAGCAGCAAGAAAGCGUAAGAUUGCCAUUCGGAAAGCCCAGGGGAAAAAUCUUGAGGCCAUCCGAGAGCUGAAUGAGUAUCUGGAACAAUUUGUUGGGGACCAAGAAGCUUGGCAUGAACUUGCAGAACUUUACAUCAAUGAACAUGACUAUGCAAAAGCAGCUUUCUGUUUGGAGGAACUUAUGAUGACUAAUCCACACAAUCACUUAUAUUGUCAACAGUAUGCUGAAGUUAAAUAUACCCAAGGUGGGCUUGAAAACCUUGAGCUAUCAAGAAAGUAUUUUGCACAAGCAUUGAAGCUAAACAACAGAAACAUGAGAGCUUUAUUUGGACUAUACAUGUCUGCCAGCCAUAUUGCUUCCAACCCAAAAGCAAGUGCGAAAAUGAAAAAAGACAAUAUGAAGUAUGCUAGUUGGGCAGCUAACCAAAUAAAUAGAGCUUACCAGUUUGCAGGUCACAGUAAAAAGGAGACUAAAUACUCUCUGAAGGCAGUGGAAGACAUGUUGGAAGCCCUGCAGAUCACUCAAUCAUAGGUUGUUAUGGAGUUAUAACAUUGAAUUUCACAACUCUGUGUUCAGCCUUUUAUGUCUUCUGAGUUAUUUAAGUACCCAGUGCUGUUAAAAGCAGUUCCAUUUUAAUUAGUUUAUGUGGCUAUCUUAAAUCAUAUGGUUUAUAAAAAUGAAAUAGCUUAUUUAUUAAUUCAGUGAAGAUGAUGAUGAAAUCCCACAGAAAUUAAUAAUUUAUCUCUCAAAGACAAAGAAAUUACAUUUAUUGCACAGCAACUCCUUUAGCUCCUUUAUGUACAGUAAUGAUUUUUUAAGUCAUAACCAGGUGUAGAAAUAAAAUUGCUAAAUGAUGAAUAAGUUUGGUUAUUUAUUGGGACAGCCUAUGGCAGCUUCAUAGUUUUACAUGUAGAUAAUUUUAUGUAAUGUAUUGUACUUCUUUAAUUAAAACAAAAAAACAUAAUCAAAUUUGACUCAGCAAUAUUUACCAAACAGACAGACAUGAGCCAUAAUGGUGCCUCAGCACAGCACAGUUUAUUGGUGAAUAAAGUUGACAUACAAGUUUUGUGUUAGAGCAUUUUUAAUAUGGCAGUCUGGAAAUGGAAGCAAUAUAUGUAUGGAGUUAGCUUUAGCUGGUACAGGGAUGUGCUUAAAUGGUGUGCUGGGGUCUUUGUGGGCUAAUGUCUACUAGUGCUUUUAAUCAUCUCUUUGGUACAUCUGCACACAUCCUUUUUAUCUGUACAAUUAGGGACAUUAUGGAAAGAAUGUAUGUUCCGCUGCGUGUAUUUAAAAUUGUCUCAGUAAAGCAAGUGAGUAAAAUCUGCGCUAGUUUUGUAUUUAGGGAAAUGCUAUAACACAUGGUUUAUACAUCAUUAAUUCAGUUUCUACUAAUUCCCAGUGUUUUUAAUUAAACUAUGCCAAUUUAGUCAUUUAGACAUAAUAUCUUCAAUUGGAAUUUCAGCAGUUGAUCUGCAGAACAAAAGUAAAUCAGCCAACAAAAAUUUCAAUUGGAAAUAGUCCAACACAGACUUUAUGUUGAACUUCGAAAUAAUGAAUAAUAGUUUCAUAUUUUCAAUUUCAUUUAAUAUAUACUUGCUAAAUUAAGAUAUAUGCACUAUAAACCCCUUUCUGGGAUCCUUAAAUUACUGGGAUCAUGCAAUGAGAUCAUAAUCUAUUUUUAUUAAAAAAAAAAAAAAGUUUCUGCCCCUUGUGGAUUCAAAG